AUGGUUGGUUUUUCCUGAAAUUGAUCAGUUUUAUUUAGGAAACUUUUUUUCUAAAAAAAUGAAAAACUGAGGUUUUAUUGAAAAAAAGGACUGAUUUUUUUGCCGACCUUGAAGCGUUAUUUUUUUAGUGAAAAAAAUUUUUUUUAUUUUCGAAUUGUAAAUAUUUUCAACAUUUUCACAAAAAUUUUUUUAGGAUUUAUAUGAAUUUUACUUUAAAAAAAUUAGAUUUUCAUUGUCUUUGAAGCGUUAUUUUUUUAGUAAAAAAAUUCUAAAUUUUGAUUUUUUUGGAAUUUUAAUUAUUUUUUUAAUUUUUUUCAGAAAACUUUUGAGAAUCUUAUUAAUUUUAGUUGAAAAAAAGUUUGAGAUUUUGCCCACCUUGAAGCGUUAUUUUUUUAGUGAAAAUUUAUUAUUUUAAAUUUUCUGAAUUUCCACAAUUUUUUUAACUUUUUUUCUAUGAAUUUCAGUUGGAAAAAAAGUAGAUUUUUGUCGCCUUUGAAGCGUUGUUUUUUUAAAAAUUUUAAGUGUUUUUUUAUGAGAAAAAUCUUAAAAUUUUUUUAGGAAAAAUUUGCAGAAAAAAAGUUGAUUUUUUUGCGCUUCAGAAGCGUUAUAAAACUUGAGAAUCUUGAGAAAAAAAUUUUUUUAUUUUUUUCAUUUUAUUAUUUUUUUAAAGUGAAGUUUUUUUAAACUAAAUAUUAAGAUUUCACUUGAUCCAGCUGAAAAGAAGCGGUUUUUGGCGCUUUGGAAGCGUUUUUCUCAAAAAAACGGAAUUUUUUUGCUGAAGAUUUGAAAAAAAUUUUUCCCUUUUUAAAAAAAUAAUAAACUGAAAUUUUUUUGAAAAAUUGGUUGGUACGUUCCUUAAAUCACCCUAACUGCACUAAAAAAACUCGUUGAAUUUUUCAGUUUUUUUCGUUGAAUUUUAAGUUUAUUCGAAAUAGCUUCAAAAACUCAAUUAAGAUAAUGCCUUUGGGCAAUUUAAAAAAAGCCAUAAAAUUUAAAAAUAAGCUAUCGGAUUCAAUACCGUGUUCAAAUUAAUUUCCGUGAAAAUCAAAAGUAUCUCUGACUCUCCAAAUUUUAGUUAUCUUUUCACACUCUCUGAUGUCGUGAAAACACGGCAUAACACACGUUUCAGCGAGUUUUUAAAUUCCCAAAGUUAUCUUUUGUGAUGAUAGUCGGCUAUUUUGACAGAUUUCUAAAUUCGCCUCGGAUUUGCCGAUUCAUUUGGCGUCGAGAUGGGAGAUUCUGGCGGCUCUUCUCGGCUUGAAACAAAUUUCCGAUCCGUCUUUGUUUGUCAGUUUUUUUUGUUCUUCGUAUAAUUUAUAAUAGAUUUUCUAGUCGUAAAAAUAUCUAGAAUUUUCAGGGUUUUAAUAGCAUUGUUCUCAUUGAAUUACUUUCAUAAUAUUUAUUUUUUUUAAGAAAUUCUCCGGAAGGUUUGAGAAAGUUGAUGGAAGGGAGCUUAUCCUUGAUGGAUUUUAGGAAGUUUUUUCAAAAAUAUUUAGAAAUUUUCAACCUCAAAACGGUUUUAUGAACGUUUAAGACAGUGGUAACAUUGUCUGGCAGCUCUUUUUUGUUUAAUAGUCAUUUAGGGAUCACUUAAGUGUUCCCUUAAAGUCAGUGAAGCUUCCAGAAAGCUUAAUAGUAAUUAUUUUUCCAAGAAGCCUUUUUGACAAAAUAUUUUUCAGGGGUCCAAAUAGGUCUUUUACACUUCACAUGUAUUUAUAACGCUUUUCGGACAUUUAUAAUAAUUUUAGAACACUUUAGUGAUCGCUUAAGUGUUUUCAUGCUUCUUAAGUGUUCCCUUGAAGUUAGUGACACAUCCAGAAAGCUUAAAAGUAACUAAUUUUUCCAAGAAGCCCUUUUGAAAAAACUUUUUGAGAUCUCUAGAAAGUUUUGAUUUUUACAGACAUUGGUAACACUUCCAGGAAGUGUACCGUCGUUUUUAAAGCGUUAGUAAUCUCUUUAGUGCCUUUUGCGCCCUUUAAGUGGUCCCUUGAAGUUAUUGACACUUCCAAAAAGCUUAAAAGUGACUAAUUUUUCCAAGAAGCCUUUUUGAAAAGAUAUUUUUGAGGUCUUAAGAAAGGUUUUGAAUUUUUAUAGACAUGGUAACACUUCCAGGAAGCAUUAGAUCGUUUUUAAAACCCUUUAGGGAUCCCUUCAGUGACUUUUAAGCUUCUUGAAUGCUCCCUUGAAGUCAGUGAAGCUUCAUGGAAGCAUUAGAUCGUUUUUAAAGCGUUAGUGAUCCCUUUAGUGCUUUUUGCCCCCUUAAGUGCUCCCUUGAAGUUUUUAACACUUGCAGAAAGCUUCUCUUUUUGAUGAAAUUCCCUAUUUCGUUUUAAAAUUUUGAGGAAAUUCUUCUGAACGAAUUGAAAGCCUGUUCGUCGGACCAAAGUUGCUCCGUCAACUGUUCGACUUUCGUCAUCGCCCUGGCCUCCCUGGAAAAUUCCUCAAUUUGUGCAAAAGUCAUCUACUCUUGCUUGUGUUCCGCUGAGAGGUGAGGCUUUUAUUUUAGAGAAUAAUGAGAAUUUUUUCGAAAAGAAGAAAUGUUUGGUCUUUCAAAAAAAAAAAUUAGGACCGAUUGCGUGUUUUUUCAGACUUUGAUACACGUUCAGAAUUCAGAAAGCUUUUUUGGACAGUUUUUCCAAGAAUUUUUCCACGAGAUUCAUAACUUAUUAAAUGAUUUCUUAAGCUAUCAAAAAAUGGUCCUGACACGAUUUAAAAAAAAAUAGAUAGCUUUUCAAAUUAAGAAAAUCAUAGUUGGUCUCCAAUUUGAGAAAAAAAAAAUUAGGGCCAACCACGUGUUUUUUCAGACUUCGAUACACAUCCAGAAUGUUCAAAAAGUUUUUUUUGGUUAUUUUUUUUUCUAAGAACUUUUUUCGUGAUCCAUAGGUGGUUCAGAGCUGGCUUGAGCCAUCGAAAAAGGGUCCUGACACGAUUUUUAAAAAAAGAGACAGUGCCUGGUUUGUGGAGAGCGCAGACAGAAAAAAUAACUUGUGUAAUUUUUGAAAUCAAUGAGGAACUUUUCAUAUCAAGAAAAACAUGGUUGGUUUCCAAUUUCAGAAAAAAAAAACUCAGGGUCAAUUGCGUGUUUUUUCAGACUUCGAUACACGUUCAGAAUAUAUAAAAAGCUUUUUUUGGAUAAUUUUUCUAAGAAUUUUUUCUCGUGAUUCAUAGGCGGUUCAGGGCUGACUUGAGCCAUCAAAAAAAGGUCCUGACACGAUUUAAAAAAUAGCCCCCCCCCUUCCCCUUUCGAGCCAACCGGGAAUCGACUAUAUUUGAAUUGAAAAAUGCGCUUUUUUGAAAAUUUUUUUUAAUUUCCAGCGCGACGCGGAACAAUGUUUCUCGCGCCUGGAUCGGGCGGAUGAUUUCGAUUCCCAGCUGCAAAGAAGCCAUAGAAAAACUCAUCGAAAUGGCUCGAAACGACUUUUUGGCGCCCCUCCAACCGUACUGGCCUCUGAGCUUCCGACAGCUUCAAGUUUGAUUUUUUUGUGCAAAAAAUUUCAAUUCCUGCAAAUCAAAAGUUGUAAGAAUGAGAAAUAAAUCUUCAACUACAGAUUGUGAGAAAUUUUGAAAAGUUAAUGAAUUUUCUUACUGUGCUCUUUGCUUAGCAGAAAAAAUUUUCUCACAGUUGAAAUUUUUCGUAAAUUUGCCUGAUCGUAUUGAUUGAAUUCUGACGCUUCAAAAUGUACAAAAAAGGCGUUUUUCAAGCUUUUAUACUCACGUAAACUAUUGGGAGAAUUUAUUUUUUUGGAAUUGAAUUAAACCUCCGCCAAGUUGCUGAGUAAAUCUUCUAGUGGUCACUUAAGAGGAUUCUCAAAAACUUCUUGGAGAGGACACUAAAGUGGCCACUAAAAUAACCUCCAUAGUGGUCACUUUUUUCCGUUUAAGUGGCCACUUUAUAGGUUCUGUAUUUAGUGGCCACUUCAGUAGUUUUUAGUGAUUUAGUAGUAUUACUUUAACUCCUAAAGAGGCCACUAAAUUUCAGCCACCUUAGUGGCCACUAAUUCACUAUAACGUCAAUACCCUAGAGUGGCCACUAAAAACUUUCCCGGUUCAUCAAAUAGUUAAACCAGGGGUUAAAAACCAUUUUUUUUUCUGUAUUUUCAAAGAAUUUCCAACUUUUCCAGGACCUCACCUGCGUCGACUUGGAAUGGAAGGAGAAGUUCGAAGAGGACCCUUCGACGGGACAAGAUUUGGCUCUUCUCACUUAUUUGACCAUCUUCGAAGCCUUAUCGAGUGGCGGCUCGCAAAUUCGGAUCCCGUUGGAAGAAAAUGAUCGAGUUGGAUUUUUUUUUUUUGAAUUUAAUGGGAUUUCGUUUGAAUGUAAUGAUGAGGACGUUGGAGGAGCUGAAAAAUUUCUCAAGAAAUGUAAUAAUUUUUUUAAUUUUCAUAAGUUUAAACGAGCUUGAGAGACCAGAAAAAAAUGAAAUUUUAAGCUUUCAAUGAUCCAAAAAAAUGGCUUAGAAAGUAAGAAAGCGUGAUUUUGAGGCCAUUUUUAAAAAUUUUAAAAAGCUUAAAUAGGUUUUUAAAAAAAUAUUUGUAUGGUUUCGAGCUAAAACAUCGAAAAAUGUUCGAGGAGCUCAAUUUUUGAAGAAAAACAGGAAAAAAAUAAACGCUUUCGGGGGUUCAAUGUUCGAAAAAUUCGACAAAAAUUGGUUUUUUUAGAAGAAAAAUUUAAUAGUACUUUCAGACGAUAUUUGAACUUUAAAGCUAAAAAAAUAGUUUUUUAUUAAUAUUUGUAUGGUAUCGAGCAAAACAACGACGAAAAUUUUUUGAAAAUAAUUUUUGAUUUGAUGAGGCCCUGCGCCUUUAAAAACAGUAUGAAGAGCUAUAAAGAAGGUUUUUUGUACUUUGGUCGCACUGGGAAUGGCUAGAGGCUUCAAGGUUGAAGCUCAAAAUUCAAACCCUGACUGGGAAAAUUUUUAGUGGCCACUAUAGGGCUCGCCAAGGACUAUUUGGAGAGGACACUAAAGUGGCCACUAAACCCACCUCCACAGUGGCCACUAUUUUCCGUUUUAGUGGCCACUUCAGUAGUUUUUCAUCCAGUAUUCCUUCCAGUAAUUAUGAUAAUUUUAAAACAAACAUAUUGAGCCAGUUACGUUGAUCCGUUGACCCCUAAAGUGGCCACUAAGUGGUCUAGUAGCCGCACUUGGACCUCUAUAGUGGCCACUGAUUUUUAACCCCUUAAGUGGCCACUAAAUUGAGUACUAUAAAGGCCACUAAAACGUCAAAACCCUAUAAUGGUCACUAAAAAUUCUCCCAGAAACGUGAAGCUUUUACGACAAGCGAGAGUCGGUUUAAGGUCGGGCGCACUUUUCAAUUUUUUUUUAAAGCCGCCACGCAUUCAGCCAUUCUACAUGCGACCAAAUUUAAAAAAUAUUUGGACAAUUUUUGAACUUUCAAGUCUUGAAAAACGUUUCUAUCAUUUUAUUUUUAUGAUUUUGAGGCAAACGUAUUCCCAAAAUGAGAUCAAAAGUCUUUUUUUCUCAUGCCCUGCGCCUUUAAAAAAACAUUAGAAAAAAACUAGAAAUAGGUAAUAUUCGAAUUUUGGUCGCAUUGGGAAUGGUUGAAGGUGUAGUGAAAUCUUACACUCAAAGCUUUGCCACCUCGCGAAAGCCGUUUUGAAGUCGGCAGCAUUUCUUGAAGCCGCUUUGUGGCCGUGCCAUUAAACUUGAAAAAAAAACAAAUUUGUUACUUUUUCAUACCCAUUUUGGUCGCAUUAGGAAGGGCCUUGAAAUUAAAAUAUUGGUUCUUGCACUUUUGCAGCUCCGCGAAAGUCGUUUUGAAGUCGGGCGCACUUUGUGAUAAUUUUUGAAACGCGUUAAGUCAUUCCCCCUGCGGCCAACUUAAAAAAAAAAGAAACUAUAUUUUUUAGAUGAUCCGCAUCGCAUUGGACUACCAUGACGAGGAAAUUCGUGAAAAAGCUGUCAAUUUAUGCAAGAAAUAUCGCAUUUUUUCUUCUUCUAUUGGUUUUUUUUCCUUUUUCAACAUUAUUUUUGUCAUUUUUCAGAGCAAAAUGCUGGGGAAAUAGGCGAAAAAAACCGGCUGAAUCUGAUGAAAAAAAUGGAAACAGAGACGGUGGAUGACAAUGUGAGAGUUUUAUAUUUAAAAAAAGAGGGGGAAAUUCAGAAAAAUAACCUUUUUGAAGUUUUUUUCAAGAUUUUUUUCGGUUGCCACUCGAUUUCUAGUUUUCUCAAUGUAUCGGCAUUAGAAUGGGGAUUUUUUUCUGAAUUGCUGGAUGUUGAGAUUUUUUCUUUUUGACAGGAAAAAAAUUAAUUUUUUUCGAAUUUCCCUAAAUUUUUUUCCCUUUCAUGUGCAUUUUUUUAAAGGAAUCAAAUAUGAAUCAUCGAUUUUUUUCUCAUUUUAUCGUGGGGAAAAUGAUCAUUUUUUUCGAUCAAACCUAAAAAAAUUCCAUGUUUUUUUCAAGAAUUGAAUCAAUUUCAGUUAGGAAAAAUCGUUGAAAAAAAUUUUUUUUUCGAAAAAAAUUUGACUCAUUUUUUUAAAUAAUUUUUCCUGUUUCAGAUGUCCCGAUUUUUACCCGGUUUCUGAGGAAAGUUCCGAUUUUGGACAGGAUCUGAAGCUUGAAACGCUACUGGACGCUCGGAAAUCGGUCGAUAAUCUCUUAUCGAUCCAAUGUGAUUAUCGAUUUUUUAUUGAUUAUAUUGAUUUUUUCAAGCUUCAUCCAUUUAUCCAUCUGUCGCUGAGGUCAUGGAAACCCUGAAGAAGAAAAAUAUCGACGAAAGGGCGAUGGUUCUGAAAAUGACGGUGAGCUGGGGAAGUUUGUAGUGACCACUUUAAAGUUUUGACUUUUCAGAGGUCACUUAAGGGGCCUUUCCAGAAGUCUAUAUGGUACUGGUAAACCACUAAAAAUUAUUAUAGUGGUCAUUAAAACACAAAAUAAUGGAUCCUAUAGGGGUUAUUCUAGUGGCCACUUUAGUUUCAUUUCCAAGUAGUUCUUGAGAAACCUCUCAAGUGGCCAUUCAAGUUUUUCCCAGAGAUUCAGAAAAAUAUGGAGAUUUUAAAGGCGCAUUACCUGAUUUAAAAGACAGGUCUCGAAACGAAAGUGUUAUUUUUGACCAUAGUACCUUUAAAUAUCUGAAUAACGAUUUUUGAAAGCGUUUUAUAAUAAAAUCUGCCUUGAAUAAGACAGUGAAAAGCUCAAAAAACCCCUACUUUAAAGGCGCAUUGCCCCAUUUUGACAAAAAAUUCUUGAAACGGAGAGCCGUUUUUUGCAUUAUUUUUGGUUAUAUGAGCCUUCUGUAUUUUUAAAUACCUGAGUUACGUUUUUUAAAGGAAAUUCUGCCUAAAAAUUGACGGUGAGAUUCAAGUCCGGCACUUUAAAGGCGCAUGUGCUGAUUUUGACAAAAAGGUCUCGAAACGGUGAGCCUUUUUUUGCUUUAUUUGGAGUUAUAUGAGCUUUUUGUACCUUUGAAUACCUGAAUUACGUUUUUUGAAGGGAAUUCUGCCUUAAAAAUGACGGUGACAUGCUCAAAAGGCCGUUAUUUUAAAGGCGCAUAAGCUGAUUUUGACAAAAAGGUCUCGAAACGGUGAGCCUUUUUUUGCGUUAUUUGGAGUUAUAUGAGCUUUUUGUACCUUUGAAUACCUGAAUUACGUUUUUUGAAGGGAAUUCUGCCUUAAAAAUGACGGUGACAUGCUCAAAAGGCCGUUAUUUUAAAGGCGCAUAAGCUGAUUUUGACAAAAAGGUCUCGAAACGGUGAGCCUUUUUUUGCGUUAUUUGGAGUUAUAUGAGCUUUUUGUACCUUUGAAUACCUGAAUUACGUUUUUUGAAGGGAAUUCUGCCUUAAAAAUGACGGUGACAUGCUCAAAAGGCCGUUAUUUUGAAGGCGCAUAAGCUGAUUUUGACAAAAAGGUCUCGAAACGGAAAGCCGUUUUUUGCGUUAUUUUGGGUCAUAUGAGCUUUUUGUACCUGGAAACUCAUAAAUUACAAUUUUUAAAACAAAAUCUACCUUGAAAAUGGCGGUCAGUUUCUUAAAAAGUUCGUUAUUUUAAAGGCGCAUAAGCUGAUUUUAAAAAAAGUUACGAAACGAAAAGUAGUUUUUGUGUAUUUAUCGGUCGCAUGAGCCUUAUUUUUGAAAAUGUGAAAAUCAUGGUAUAUUUUUCAGAAGAUUAUCGAUUUUAUUCGUGAAAGGGUUGCGAAUAAUUGUGAUAAUGUCAUCGAUCACGCUGAACUUUUGCUAGAGAUCAUGUCCCGCUGCCCUCUUCGAGUUUGCAUUUGGCAUUUGUCCAAAAAAUCGAUUUAUCGGAUUCCAGGCUGUCGUGGAUUACUCUGGAGUCGUGGUUAAGGAACUCGGAUCCGGCUCGGAAGUUUUCAAAGAGACCAUCUUUCACUCGGUAAUUUUCGGAAAAGGUUGAAAAAAAGCCGCUAAAUGUGCGUUUCAAGGAUAUUUCAAAGGCGCGAAAAGUAAGAUUUGAUUAAUUCUGUAGACAAAUUUUGCACGGAAAAAUAUGGAUUUCAUGAAUAUUUUGUCAAUUUCGUUCAACUUGCGGGAAAGUUCUUGACAUUUUUUCUCGUUUUUCUUCUAAAAACUUGAAUUUUUCAUCGAUUGAUUUGAAUUUCUGCUUCUGGGAAAAUUGUUAGUGGCCACUAUAGAGGCUCGCCAAGGAUUACUUGAAGAGGACACUAAAGUGGCCACUAAACCAACCUCUAUAGUGGCCACUAUUUUCCGUUUUAGUGGCCACUUCAGUAGUUUUUCAUCCAGUAUUCCUUCCAGUAACUCUGAUAAUAUAAAAAAACAGAUUGGACCAGUUAUGUUGAUCCGUUGGCCCCUAAAGUGGCCACUAAGUGGUCUAGUAGUAGCACUUAGAACUCUAUAGUGGCCACUAAUUUUUAACCUCUAUAGUGGCCACUAAUUUGACUACUAUAGUGGCCAAUAAACUGUCAAAAUCCUAUAGUGGCCACGAAAAGUUUUCCCAGAACCAUACAGCAUUACGGUAUUUGGUUAAACGCGCUCUAUUGAUAAAAGAGAACACUCGGAAAGUAAUAAGAAAAGUCUGGAGGUCAAUUGUAGGGCCCACUUUAGGGGCUGAAUUAAAAGGGGCCCCUAUAGGGGGUGGGAUCAAAUUUUCACUGGAAUUUGCUGGUGGUAUGAAAAAAACACCAGCGAAAAUUCAAACGGCGACUUUUCCGAUUUUUUCAUAUCGCUAGGGAACUUUCCGACGGCCACUUUUCCGACGGAUCCCUUUCCGACUUUUUCCCCUUAUGUUUUUCGGUUUUUAAAACAUCUAUAGAAAUUUUUUUUCCCUAUCUCUUUGUGUUUUAAUCAUGAACCAACUACUUACUUUAUAUAGGAAGUUUUUAAAAACGAAGAUUUUAUCGAGAAAAAAAGUCGGAAAAAAAUUUCGUCGGAAAGGUGGCCGUCGGAAAGUUCCCUAGCGAUAUGAAAAAAUCGGAAAAUUCGCCGUUUUAAUUUUCGCUGAUGUUUUUUUCAUACCACCUUUUUGCUUCCCCAUAGUCUUCCCUUGCUCUUUCAAACAACGCCCCUUAAUGAAUUAAAAAAAAAUGUCCCGGGUGCGGGGGUUUUCGCGAUUUUUCAAUUUUUAGCGCUUCUAAAAUUAAUUUUUUUCUGCCCAGGCUCGGGACCUUCUCAAUAAGAAGGAGACGAAUGCAAGGUCCUUGGUUUUCGAAUUAUGUUUCAUCGGGACAGCGGCCAAUAAUCCCAAAUGGAGCGCAAGUUUGUGGGCUUCCGUCAAGAAAGUGGUGAUUUUUCCUUUUAUCUUAAAAUUUGAUUUGUUACUCAGGAAGUCCAGAGUGGCCCCUUUAGGGGCUUUUGAAGAUUCCCUCUAGGGACCACUUUACCAACCCCUAUAGGGGCAACUAAAGCUUUCUAAAGUGGCCCCUAUAGGGAAAAUAAUAGACGAUUAGUACUAGAAUCUUCUAGAAAAGAAAAAAUUCUGGAAAAAACUCUAGUCACUUAAGAGGUCCCUUAAGAGCUGCGUGGAGAGGUCACUUAAGUGGCCACUUAAACGAUCUCCAUAGAAGCCAUUAUUUCCCGUUUUAGUGGCCACUAUAGUGUUCCAUUAGAACCACAGGAACUUCUGAAGAGGCCAAUGAAUUUUAGCUGCUUAAGUGGCCACUUGUUCGACCACUAUAGUGACCCCUAAAACGUCCGUUUGUCACAGUUCCAUGCAAAAAACUCUAUAGGGACCACUUGAGAUUUAGAGAAUAAGGGGUCAGACGCUAAACCACUAGAGGGAUCACUUAGAUUUUUCCAGUAAAUAUGGAUUUUUCCCCUAACCCCUAUAGGGACCACUCUGGUGCUCUUAAGGAUCAAAGUGAUUAUCCGAAAUUCAAAAUAGCUGUCAGAGAAAAAAAAAAGAUAACUGAAUUUUGGAGAGUCAGAGAUAAUUUUGAAUUUCGCGGUAAUUACUUAUUUGUGUCGACGACUAUGUCACUGGAAAAAUUUUAGAAAAGAAGAAAUUUUCAGAGUGACGUGAAACGGCAAACAAUGUUUGAAAUGUUCUCAAAAGUCGUCGCUCAUUCUUCCAUUGUUCUGGGUGAGUUACAGGAGUGACUUUUCGGGAUUUUUAAAGGCGCAGAGCCGAAUAAGGAUGAAUUUGAAGGCCUUGACAUGUUCCUUUAAAUUGUUCUGCUUAGGAGAGGGACCACUUGAGAAUUUUUUGGGGAGAUUUACUAAAGAAACUAGAAAGAUUCCCCUUUAUCGAAAAAAAAUCGAUUUUUGACGAAUUUUGUCUUUUUUCUCUGAGUAAUGAGCACAUACGAGUGAUCACAUAAAGAUAAUUAGUAAGGAAUUUUUUUGGAAAAAUCAGAAUUUUUAGCGAAAAAAAUUUUUUUACGAAAAAAACCGAUUUUCAUGAUUUCUUUUUGCCAAUUUUAAAUUUUUUUAAAAAUGCUUCUAACCACUGGAAAUAUCUCUAAAUCUUUCAAAAAAAUUCACUCAAGCGGUCACUGAAGCUUUUUCUGAGUAUCAUGGAAAAUAUUCAAAGGGAAAUAACGCUAGAAAGAUCUCGGAAGUGUUAAAAACUUCACUUAAGUGGUCACUCCAGUUUUUCUAAAUACUGUGGAAAGAUUUUCAAAUGGAAAUUAAUCCCAAAAGAUCUCUAAAUUCCUCAAAAACUCACUGAAGUGGCCACUGAAGGUUUUCUGAGUUCCUAGAGAAUAUUUAAAUGAAAAUUAGGCUAGAAAGAUCUCUGAAGCUUUCAAAAAUUCCCUUGAGUGGUCACUUUAAAUUUUUUGAGUACUCUGUAAAAUAUUUGAAUCAUUUUUUCGAAUUUCUCCGAGUACGAUGGGAAAUUUUCUAAAUGAAAGUUGUUCUCUGAAGAUAUCUAGAAGGUGAAAAUUUCACUCAAGUGGGCACUUGACUUUUUCUGAGUACUGUGGAAAGUUUUUCAAAUGAAAAUUAAUCUCAAAAGAUCUCUAAAUUCCUCAAUAACUCACUAAAGUGGUCACUGAAGUUUUUGUGAGUACCAUGGAGAAUAUUUAAAUGGAAAUAACGUUAGAAAGGUCUCUGAAGCUUCCAAAAAUCCACUCAAGUGGCCAUUCCAGUUUUUCUGAGUACUGUGGAAAAUUUUUUGGAUGGAAAAUGCGCAGGAAUGGUCUUGGAAAUGUUCAAAAAGUCGCUUAAGUGGUCACUCGCAUUUUUCUAAGUACCUUGGAGAGUAUUUAAAUGGAAAUCACGCUAGAAAGGUCUCUAAAUAGUUCAAAAAAUCACUUGAGUGAUCCUUGGAGGGUAUUUAAAUGGAAAUUGCGCUGAAAAGGUCUUUGAAGCGUUCAAAAAUUCACUCAAGUGGUUACUUGAAUUUUUACUGAGCACCUUGGAGAAUAUUUAAAUGGGAAUUGCCCUUGAAAAGUCUCUAAAGCUUUCAAAAUUUCACUCAAGUGGUCACCCGAUUUUUUAUGAGCACUAUAGAAAAUAUUUGAAUUUUUUUUUUUCAGAAACGGAAGACCUAUGCGAUAUUCUAUUCACAUCACUUGGCCUCGACCAAAAUAUCGAUUAUGUCUGCCCCAAAUUGAAUGGUUUUACCCAAAAUUUCGACAUUUUCCCUGAUUUUUCUCAUUUUUUCCAGUUUCGGCUCUGUCGAAAAUGAUCGAAUUGAGCAAAGAAUCGGACCGCGUGUGUCUCUUUUCCUUCAGAGAAAAAAAGCUUGACAUUUUCCAGCUGGUACCUUGAAAAAAUCAAUAAUCAAUUUAUCGAUUUUGUUCAGUUGGAAGAUUUGGUGAAUAAACUUUCCGAACAGACGGAGCCAAGCGAGAAAGUCGUCCACUUGGCGAUGGUUCUUUUUUCCAAAUUUCAAAUUGCCGCCAACGAUUUUUAUACUUCUGAGCAAUUGCGGUGGGUUUUACUUUGCAUUGUGAAAAAAAUUAGAAUCUUGAAAAAAAUUUCAAAAAUUUUAAAUAUGACUCCAAAAAAAGUUUUUUUCCUGAGAAAAAAGGUCGAAUUUUUUUCGAAUUUUUUUAUCGAAUAUCAGUCAGUUUUUUUUUAAAUACUCUUUUGAGAUCAUAAAAUGCUUUUUCGUAAUCGAUUUUUUUAUACUUCUGAGCAGUCGCGGUGAAUUUUUCUUAGCAUAGAAAAAAAUAAAAAAAUCUCUAGAAAAAUAUUCAAAAUUUGAAAAAAAUAAUUCCAAAAAAAGUCUUUUUUUCAAAGAAAAAGGGCAAGUUUUUUUAACAUUUUUUAUCGAAUUUCAAUCUUUUUUUCUUUAAAUACUUUUUUUGAGAUCAUAAAAUGCUUGUCGUAAUCGAUGUUUAUAGUUCUGAUCAAGCGCGGUGGGUUUUUCUUUGCAUUGGGGAAAAAAAUUAAAAUUUCUAAAAAAAUUUCGAAAUUUGAAAAAAAUCAUGUUAAAAUGUCUCUUUUUUUCCCAAGAAAAAAACCUUUCAGGUGAAUUUAUAGAUAAAACCUCUUUUUAAGACAUAAAAAUGGUGCAAUAAGUUGAUUUUUUCCCCUCUUUCUUGACCCCCUUUCAUGGAAGUUUUUUUCUGAGAUUUCAAAAAAAGUUUCCUAUUUGCAAAAAAACUCAAAUUUUUUUAAAAAAAUUACAUGGACCUUAUUCUGAAAUUUUUUUCAAUCUUUCAAGAGAACCUUUUAGCGGAAAAGGCAAUGAAAAUGCGCUGUGAAGGAUUUUUUUUCCGUCAGAAAAUUAUUUUGGUCCUUCCAAGCCUUAUUUAAAAUGAAUUAUGGAAGGUUGAAAAAUGGUCAUUUUUGAUUGAAAGGUUAUUUUCGAGCUCUCAUCCUUGGAAUUUUCUCAAAAAUGAUCAAUUUCAUAAUCUUUCCAGGAUCAUCGAGAAGGUCAAAGAAUAUCUCUUGAAAACUGUCGAAAAGUGGAAUUGGCACAAGUUCAUUCUAAGUGCGGCUGUCGACGCGAUUUGCGGAUUUUCCCUCUGGCCCGACCUCCGCUGGUUUCUCGUUCCUGAGGUGAGAAUUGGAUAG